CCACCGCAGCCCCACAAUCUUUUUGUGUGCUUGCGCUAACCAACUCAUCGGUCAAAUCUUUCGAGUGUCUUCUCACAUUUUUUCUUCAAAUCGUGUGCGAGAGGAAUUACUGGAUCAUCAUGCCUGGACGUCCACUUUGGCAGUGCGCGGGAAAACGCGAGCCGGAAAAAGAUGCCGAGGCACAGGCCUGGAUCGAGUACAUCAUCGGCGAAAGGUUUCCCAUGGGCGUGAGCUACGAGGAUGCUCUGAGGGAUGGGGUGAUCCUGUGCAAGCUGAUGAAUAGGUUGCAACCGGGAUGCAUCUCCAAGAUCAACGUAUCCGGAGGAGACUAUAAAUUCAUGGAUAAUUUGCAGCAGUUCCAGAGGGCCUGCACCAGGUACGGGGUGCCCGACGUCGACCUCUUCCAAGCUGUGGACCUGAUGGAGAGAAAGAAUCUCGCCCAAGUCACCAACACCAUCUUCGCGAUUGGACGAGCCUGCUACAAGCAUCCGGAGUGGCGUGGCCCCUGGCUGGGUCCCAAACCUGCUGAUGAGAACAAGAGAAACUUCUCUGAGGGUCAACUAAGAGCGGGAGAAGGUGUCAUCGGUCUGCAGGCCGGUUCCAACAAGGGUGCCACCCAGGCUGGGCAAAGCUUCGGUGCCACAAGGAAAAUUCUCCUGGGAAAAUAAUUUUAUUGAAUUUGGAGAAUCCUGGAGUAAAAUUGUUCGGUUCUUAUAAAUUGAGUAAUAAAAAAAAUCGAUAAGUAAACCUUAA